AUGGGCAUUCCUAUGUGGCGCGAGCCCUCAGAGGUCGACGCGCUCAAGACGUUGGAGAAGGAUGCGACAGCUGCCGGAAGAUCGUCAAUUCGCCGCUCGAAUGCGACUCGAUCGCAAACAUUUGCGCGCGCUCGCCGAAUGAUGUCCAGCUUUCACUCGCAGAUGCUUGAAGAAAUCCAGCGCGGUGCGACCGAGUCUCGGGUCCCUGUCCGCUCGCCUGUGUUGAACUUAGGUGUCAGUGAAGACGGUAUGGACCUGGAAACCAGUCGUCGCGAGGCCAUGGGUCUUCCUACCACACGUUCUGAAUCGCAACGUCGCAGCGAGCAGGUCGGCCGACGCUCCAGUGCCGCUCGUGAAUUCACCGACUUCCUCGCUGCCCGAGCCGGGGUUCAGGCCCGCCGCGCGAUUCAGUCGCGCAACUCUUCUCGAGCCCAUCUCACUCCAGGCUUUGCACCUGCGAUGUCGCAUCACAUGUCCGCCUCGCCUGACCCCUCAUCACCACAUCUCCAGCUCUCGGCUAUUGCGCUUCCAGCUAUGCGCAGCUCCGCCCAUCGUGAUCACUCCGACAACUCGACCCCUCCAACCGCUCCUCUGCCGGGCUAUCGCCCUACUCUCCCAUCCAGCCUCGGUCCUCGCGACUCCCCAGUCGAUGGCCUCGAAGACCGCCAACGAAGCUUGAGUCCCGACCCAACGGGCGAAAAUGAUGUCUGGGAGACAUUUCUCACCACUAUGGCGCCUGAUGUCGACGGACCCUCUUCUCACGCAUCGAUCUCGUCUAAUCGCGCAACGGAGGGGAGACGUAAUGCUGCUGUACUCGCCUCGGCGAUGCUACCGUCACAGAGUGGCCAGUCACGCGCCGUUCAGCUAGCACUUGAUCCCUAUCCCAACCCACUUCAGCCCUGUGAUUUUUCCUCCUCCGACGAAGAUGGGGACGACAAUACACCUGCAAACUACCAUCGCUACGCCAGACCGUCUGGAAACCGAUCGUCCCUUGGACGCUCCGCAGGUCUGCAUUCGACCAUGAGUAAUCACCCGCCUGUCUCCACGAUUGCCCUCUCCUUCCCGGAUCCCUCCUCUCCGGAUUUGCAGCAGAUGCGAUCCAUUCUGGACCGGCUGGCUCGUCGUGAGGACAUUCCCGAUGAUUGGUGGGCGGGCGCGGGUCUUUCGCGGUCUCUGGGCCGAGAUCUUGGUGGUAAUGCUGACACCCGCGACCAUGCAGAUGGUUCGUAA